AUGCAUCCAGCUGGCUCGGCGGCGGCGGGGACUCCCCGGCAGCCCUCAAAGCGGAGGAUCCCUGUGUCCCAUCUGGGCAUGGCUGACCCCCACCAGCUUUUUGAUGACACAAGUUCGGCUCAGAGCCAGGGCUAUGGAGCCCAGCGGGGACCCAGCGGCCUGGGCUACCCUACAGCUUCUGCCUCGCCCCAGGCAGCCUUCCUAGCUGAUCCUGUGUCCAACAUGGCCAUGGCCUAUGGGAGCAGCCUAGCCGCACAGGGCAAGGAGCUGGUGGAUAAGAAUAUCGACCGCUUCAUCCCUGUCACCAAGCUCAAGUAUUACUUCGCCGUGGACACCCUGUACGUGGGCAAAAAGCUGGGCCUGCUCUUCUUCCCCUACUUGCACCAGGACUGGGAGGUGCAGUACCAGCAGGACACCCCAGUGGCCCCCCGCUUUGAUGUCAACGCUCCGGACCUCUACAUUCCAGCUAUGGCUUUUAUCACCUACGUCUUGGUGGCUGGCCUGGCACUGGGAACCCAGGAUAGGUUCUCCCCAGACCUUCUAGGGUUACAGGCCAGCUCGGCGUUGGCCUGGCUGACACUGGAGGUGCUGGCCAUCCUGCUCAGCCUCUACUUGGUCACUGUCAACACCGACCUCACCACUAUUGACCUGGUUGCCUUCUUGGGCUAUAAAUAUGUUGGGAUGAUUGGUGGGAUCCUCAUGGGCCUGCUCUUUGGAAAGAUUGGCUACUACCUGGUGCUGGGCUGGUGCUGCAUGUCGAUUUUUGUGUUCAUGAUCCGGACGUUGCGGCUGAAGAUCCUGGCGGAGGCUGCGGCCGAGGGAGUCCCGGUGCGCGGAGCGCGGAACCAGCUGCGCAUGUACCUGACUAUGGCUGUGGCGGCAGCGCAGCCUCUGCUCAUGUACUGGCUCACCUUCCACCUGGUGAGGUGA